AUUUAAACAUGUCCAGAGGUCACAACAAAUCAGAAGGACUUGCGUUGAAAAUGGCUAAGAGGACACAGGAAUAUCUCAAAGCAGCCAAUGCAGCAGCAGCUAAAUCGAUUAAAAAUGUGUCUUACAGUAGUCAUUUCACAGAAACCCCAAAUAUGAACGAUGCUUAUGAAAGCAAAAGUCAGGGAAGAAUAGGCGAGCACAUCGAUAUAGCCCCGUUCUCUCAGUCCCAAGAGAAUGAGUCUUUCGAGCAGGAUCGGUAUAAGAAGCUCGUUCAAGUUUGCACUUCCCAGGAGACUUACAUUAGAGAUCUUGAGUCCCAAAUAAAAUAAAAUGCGAGUUGACUUCACCGAGGAGCUAGCUAAACUAAAAGAGAGCGAGACUAGUCAAGGCUAUGAGCUCAAAGAAAACGAGUGGGAGAACGAACGCAAGCUUCUCAUGAAUCUCAUCGAGAAGAACCAGAAGUAUGCUUACAACGCACAAGAAAAGCUUAAAGAAGAGAAACAGCAAUUUGAAUCUGAGCUUACUCAAUCCAAACAACAGUUUGCAGAGAAAAUCGAAGAAAUUGAGAUUGAAAACACCAAGCUCAAGGACCUCCUCGAUAAAGUCCAGAACUCUGAAGAAGAGAAAGGAGAUGAAGUUAAGAUGGUCAGAGCUAACCUGAUCGAGGAGAUCUUCAGAGUCCAGAAUGUCCACCAGAAGAACGAAGAUGAGCUAAGAAAAGAUAAUGAUUUGAUAUCUCAAAAGUACUCUCAAGGUAUUCAAUCCUUUAAAGAAACCUUAAAACAAGCUGAAGAGGACAAUAACAUGCUUAGAAAAAAGAUAAAUUCAAUAGUUGAAGAAAACAAGAAAUCAGAAACUGACUUGAUCUACCAAAUCAACGAACUCAACCGUGCUAAUUCGAAGUUGACUAAACUUGUUGAACAGAAGCACCAAGAGUUUCUCCAAAAGUCCAAGACUGAAGAUACACUCAGAAAAUCAGAAAUGUUCACUACAUACUCCGAGAAGGACUCUGUUGAGAACUUUGACUCAAGCAUCGGUCAACUUAUAGCUUCUUCGAACAAAACAGUCGAGGCUUAUGAGAAACAGCUCAAGGAAAAGACCAAUAAAUGGAAGAAAGAGAAACAGAAAUUACUAGAAGAAAUAGAGUCCAGAGAGACACUUUAUGCUGAGAAAUUGGCCCUGAAAGAUAUGGAGUUCGAUCGCAUCAAGUCCACCUUUGAUAGGCAACGCAAGCUUGAAGAUACCAAAAAUCAGACCUUAAUGAAGGAGAAUAAGAUCCUUGACAGGUCAUUGAAAGAUAUCAACAAAAAGUUAAAGGAGAAAAUGAAACAAACAAAAUCUCCUGGCCCUAAUAAGGAGAUAUUGCAAUCAAAACUAGACCAACAUCAAAAGCGCGAAGAUCUCCUGAAAUCAGAAAUUGGCGAUCUCAGGAAGGACCUCAUUGAUUUACAAACCAGUUACCAAAAACGUGAAGAGACUUACAUCCUUGAGUCUAAGACAUAUCUGGACCAAAUAGAAUCUGCAAAUGAAAAGUCCUUCGAAAUGCUUAAGCCGAUACAACGUAUAGAUAACAAUUACUACACUUCUGAUAAGUUAAAGAAGGAAAUCACAAAUCUCCGAAAGCAGAUUGAGAUUAAAGACCAGAUCAUCAAUGAUCUCAAGGACAUAGAAAAUAUGGACAAAAGAAAGCAGAGGAAGGACAUCCAACACAUCAUGGCAAAAUUCAGAGAAACUAUCGAUUCGUAUCAAACCCAAAUUGAGAAAUUUAAUAAAGAUCAACCUAGUAUAAACCAGAUCGUCCUUGAACUCAACACUAAGCACAACAAGGUCGAACAAGAGUUACUCGAUCAGCUGACUCAAGCCAAGGAAGAGAUCUUCAAAAUGAAGGAAAAUCAAAGAAAUUUGAAGGCUGAGAACACCCAAGAAAUUGUUGAUGAGCUCGAAAAUAAGCUCGUUGUCUCUAAUAACGAGCUUGAUCAUGCCAAACGUAACUUGAUCCAAUAUAUCACCUCCUUGAACGAACUCGAAGACCUCAUAAAAGACAAUCAGUCCAUCACAAUAGGAGAAAAUGAAGAAGUCCAAAGACUUAGAUUUGAAAAUGAAAGGCUUAACGAAGAGAAUUCCUCCCUGAUCGAGUCCAAAAAGGAGAUGGAUGAGUACCACCAGGGCCAAAUUGAGAAUCUACGUCGAGAGAACCAGGCUCUCAAAGGAGACAUUACCAACCUUGAGAGAGAAUAUGAUAAGCUUUCUCUCAAGAUAACCACUGUGCACAAGAACCUUGAAAUCUGGAGAGACAGAGAGCAGACAAUUCGUGAGAAUUAUGAUAAAAUUGAACAAAAGCUAAAGUCUGCAUUGUCUCUUAAGAAGAAGUCCAAAGAAUUCUCCAAAUCAGAAUCUGUCCUAAAACAAGAAGAAGAUACCUCAUUUAAGGAAGAACAUAAGAAAAUGGAGAAGUUGCUUAAGCUCUCACAAGAGAAAUGGAAUGAAGAGAAAGCCACCCUUAAUGAAGAGAUAUUUCACCUAAGAGCAAGACUUACACAUUGUGAGGAAUCUUUUGUAGAUAUCACAGAAAAGUUAGUUGGAGAGCAUAAAACAAUCAAGGAAACAAGGCUUGCCAUUACAAACCAAUCAGAGCAGCUAAAAUCUCGUAUAAUAGAGACUGAAUCUCUUCUAACCUCUCUAAAACAGGAGCGCGAAACCUCCAAAAAUCAAGAGAACACCAGAGAUCAAGAAUUAGUGCUCGCCCUUGGAGAUGACAUUGCUUUCCUCAAGAACAAACUUACCGAAGAACAAAACCUCCACGAUGCUGACCUCAAACUACUCCAGAAAAACUACGAUGAGAAGUUGUCAGCCCAGAGUUUGAGAGAACAGGUGCUCCAUGAACAAAUCGAGGAGCUCAAGGUCGAGCUCUCAGAGACUGAGCAAGCCUUCGAGUCCUAUAAGUACCUCAACCAGAAGGAAAAUGCUAACUUGACUUCCGAAAUAAAUCAGCUCCGUAGACACUCCAAUGUCAGGCAAGACCAGGUUCACAGAAGGGAAAAUAAGCUUAAGGAAGAAAUUGAGAGGCUAAAGAGAACUCUUGAAGACAGUAUCACCAUUCAGCAGUCUGAGUCCAUGAAAGUCGACUCUCAAAAACAGAUUAAUAAGCUUAACCAAGAACUUGGCAAGAAAGCAAGAAUCCUACAGGAAACUAAGCGAAAAUUGAGAAAAGAGCAGCUUAGGAUCGCUGAAAUGACCAAAAGAAUGAAAUCAUUUGAUCUGAAAUCGAUCAAAUCCGAUUUUAUUUACCUCAAAGAGAUUCAAAAUGCUCAGAGCACUUCCCUGAUUGAUGAGAAAGUAGCACUCUCCUCUCUUGUGAACAAGUUACAGCAGUACGUGUUUGAUAUAGAGCAGACAGCUCUGAAGGAAGAGCUUGGCAUUGAGAAUACCUUGGGCGCUCCCAUGGAGAACUAUGGUUACACAGCAGAAGACAUCAAUUUUAAAUCGCCAGUUAAACAAUUGGAUUCCCCAGAGUUUUACCCUGAAAUUAAUGAUGACGAUGAAGAGGAAACAGAUACUUUAUAUCUAGGUAACACUCGUGAACUGGAAGAAAGACUUCAAGAAUUCAGAAACAUUAAAGAGAAUGCAAGAGAGCUUGAGACCAGUCUGAAACAAGGAGAUAAAUCACCCUCUCCGCUAUCAGACAAUACUUCCUCUGUUAACCAGAACUCUAGUGGCUCUUAUGCUCAGAAAUACAUGAAAAAGAAGAAGACAAAGAAGAGCAAGGUUCAUUCCUAAGUAAAUCAAUUCAAUAUUUGAAUAAA